AUGCCUUCAGGACAGUUGAAUAAACCAAGCAUUAUUGACAAUCAUGAUGGUACUGUCAGCUUUAAAUAUGAGCCAAAAGAAGAAGGGAUGCAUGAACUGUAUAUAAAAUACAACGACGAACAAAUACAAGGCAGUCCAUUCAAAUUCCAUGUAGAUGCUGUAACAAGUGGAAAUGUGACAGCUUAUGGUCCUGGUCUUACAUAUGGUGUAGCAGGAGAACCCUGCAAUUUCACUAUCUACACCAAAGGAGCAGGAGCAGAUGGCUUGUCCGUUGCUGUUGAAGGGCCCUCCAAGGCAGAAAUCAGUUGUCAUGACCACAAGGAUGGAACUGUUAGUGUUUCUUAUAUUCCUACAGCUCCAGGAGAAUACAAGAUUCUGGUGAAGUUUGCUAAUGUAAACAUUACCGGAAGCCCUUUCACAGCCACAAUUACUGGUGAAGGAAGGAAGAGAAACCAGAUAUCAGUUGACCACUCUAGUGAAGUUUCCCUCAAAAUCCAAGAAACAGAUAUAAAAAAUCUCAAUGCCAGUAUUGUAGCACCUUCUAAAAUGGAGGAGCCAUGUUUUUUGAAGAAACUGCAUGAUGGACAUCUUGGAAUAUCUUUCACCCCUCGAGAGACUGGUCAACACAAGGUCCAUGUCACUAGACAGGGCAAGCCAAUCCAUGGAAGUCCAUUCAAAAUUGAUGUUCUCGAAAAAGAAGUUGGUGAUGCAUCCAAUGUGAAAGUGAGUGGUGUUGGAAUCAAAGAGAGCAAAACUCAUCAAAACAACGAGAUCAUGAUAGACACAAGGAAUGCUGGUUAUGGUGGUCUGAGUCUUUCUAUUGAAGGUCCUAGCAAAGCAGAGAUUAGCUAUAAUGACAAUGAGGAUGGAACUUUAAAGGUGUUAUACAAACCUACUGAACCUGGUUACUAUGUGAUUAACCUCAAAUUUGCAGACAAUCAUGUUCCAGGAAGUCCUUUCACUAUUAAGGUCACUGGUCCAGGUUCCAAUGUCCAGCGAGAAAGUAUUACUAAACAGAGAGAUGCACUCCCAAUUACUGAUGUAGGCUCUGAAUGUAAGCUUUCUGUGAAGCUGCCUGGAACAAAUGCUUUUGACAUGGCUGCCACAGUGACGUCUCCAUCAGGUGAAACAGAAGAUGCUGAAAUUUUAGACUUGGAUGAUUGCCUUUAUGCAAUUCAUUUUGAACCAAAAGAAGUUGGUGUUCACACAAUCUGUGUCCGACACAAGAAUAUUCAUAUCCCAGGUUCACCUUUUCAGUUUACUGUGGGCCCAUUUAUUGACAGUGGCUAUCACAGAGUGCAUGCAGGUGGACUAGGGUUGGUACGGGGUAGUGUUAGUGUACCAGCGGAGUUCAAUAUCUGGACCAGAGAGGCAGGUGUUGGAAGCUUAUCACUCUCAAUAGAAGGACCUUCAAAAGCUGAGAUGAAUUUCACAGACAGAAAGGAUGGUUCUUGCUACGUGUCCUACAUUGUUAAAGAACCUGGAGAUUAUCAUGUUGGCAUUAAAUUCAAUGACCAACAUAUCCCAGACAGCCCAUACAAAGUUUAUAUCAUGCCUCCUCCUUCAGAAGAAGCAAAAAAUAUUGAGUUGGGUUCUAUAUCUGAAGAAAGCUUUCAAGUGAACAAACCUUUGGCUUUCACUGUUCACAUGAAUGGUGCCAGGGGUUUGUUAGAUGGAAAAGUGAUUUCACCCUCUGGGAAUGAGGAUGAUUGUUUUGUGGUUCCAAUUGAUGAUGAGCAAUGGGCCCUCCGAUUCAUCCCCAAAGAGAAUGGAAUCCACCAAGUUCAUAUCUAUCACAAUGAUGCUCACAUACCAGACAGCCCAUUCUCUGUUCGGAUCGGUAAAGAUAACGAUGAUCCAGCUUCUGUGAUUUCUUAUGGUAAUGGAUUGAAGGAAUGUAAAACAGGAACCAAAACAGACUUUACUGUUAACACAUGUAAAGCUGGAGUGGGAAAUUUGGCUGUAACUAUUGAUGGUCCAUCUAAAGUAUCUAUGGAUUGUGUUGAGGUGGAAGAGGGUUAUAAGGUUCGAUACACACCACUGGCACCUGGUGACUACUUCAUUAUUGUCAAGUAUAAUGGGUACCACAUAGUGGGAAGCCCUUUCAGAGUUCGAUGUACUGGUCCACCUGUAGCAGACUGUGGUGAACAUGAAACAUCUUCAAUUAUAGUUGAAACUGCAAUAAAGCAAGAAAGUCAAAAAGUUGAUGGUCUCCCACGUUUUCAUUCUAAUGCCAGUAAAGUCACAAGUAAAGGAAUGGGAUUGAAGAAAGCUUAUUUUCACAAGCAGAAUACAUUCAGUGUUAAUUGUGGAGAUGCUGGUAACAACCUCUUGUAUGUAUCCAUGUAUGGUCCAAAAGGCCCAUCUGAAGAGAUAUUUGUCAAGCACUUGGGCUACAAUCUGUAUCAGGUGAAUUACGUCUUGAAAGAUAAAGGAGAUCACAUCUUGAUAGUGAAGUGGGGUGAUGAACACAUCCCUGGUAGUCCUUUUAGAGUGGAAGCCUCAUGAAUGUUGCCAUCCCUUAAGAGACUGCUUCGCGUCUACAUUCAGCACUGGAUCACACUUCUUAAACUGAGAAAAUGUUAUGAGUUUGCAUCAUUCAAGGGUCAUUUCAUUCACAUUUGUCCUUGUCCAUUUCAGGUCAUGUAUUCAAGUAGUGACAAAUAUUCUUUUGGAUUAUUAUAGAAGAUAUUUUGAACCAAAUCCUUUAUAUGUUUUUCUUUUUCUCCCACAUUAAAUGUAAACUUAGAAUCACGAUUUUCUUCAUAAUGGUCCACUAUACACAACUUUGGAAUUGUAGCUUUAAAGUCUUGCAGUGAUAGUUGAUUAU